AUGGUAACGAGAGCCGACAAGGGUCAGAUUACUGUCGUCAUGGACAAAAAAGAUUAUUUUGACAAGAUGGACUUGCUGUUGGGUGACCAAACCACGUAUAAAGAAUUAAAUAAGGAUCCUUUGAAAAAACUAACAAAUAAGAUCAAUGAGUUGGUCAAAUUAUGGCGCAAAAAUAAUUUGAUUAAUGAUUUGACAUACAAAAACUUGAAUUGUACGAACGGAAAUUUACCGCGUUGUUACGGUCUGCCGAAGAUCCAUAAAGACGGUUUUCCGUUGAUAAUUAUCGUAUCUGCUCUGGGAAUCCCGAUCUUCGGCACUCAUAUGAGUUCUCCGCCUUCACCUAUCUUAGCAGAUAUGGUGAUGGACGAUCUGGAGACACAAUGCUUAAAUUCACUGAAUUUUACCGUUCCUAUUUAUUAUAGAUUUGUGGACGAUGUUUUUGCGAUAGUGCCACGCACAAGAAUUGACGAAAUGUUAACCAAAUUUAAUAAUUACCACGAACGCUUGCGAUUCACUUACGAGAUGGAGAUUGAUUCGUCGAUUAGUUUCUUAAAUGUUAAAGUCAUUCGAUCGAAAACUAGACUAAUUACAAACUGGUUCAGGAAACCUACAUGGUCUGGGAGAACAUAUCAUCCAUAG